AUGCGCCGAGCGCUCCUCCUCCUCCUCGCGACGGCCCUCGCCGGCGCCGACGACGCGCCGCUCGCAUGCCCGUGUGGCUUGGGCGCGACGCCCUGGCCGAAGGCGGCGCCCGCGGCGACGAGCGAUUUGAGAUGGCUGCACGUGCCGAAGGUCGGCGCGUCCUUCGCGCUCUCGGUCGCGCGCGCGUUCCGCGCGUGCGACGGCGUGAAGCUCGAGGGCGUCCCGUCGGCCAUGCGGUCCUGCGAGGGCCGGGCCCAGGCCGAGUGCCUGCUCGAGGCGCUCGCGAAGCGGAGCCGAAGGUGCCGCGACGCCGUCGCGGCCGCGGUCGACGGCCACGCGCCCCUCGAGCCGCAUCGCGCGUACGCGGGCCUCUUCCGCGAGCCCGGCGCGCGCCUCGCGUCGCUGGCGCACCAGGCGGCGACGGCCGGGAGCCUCCGGGGCGCGAAGCGGCGCGAGCGGAACGCGAUCUUCGCGCGCGCGGCGAACCUCACGGCGGCGGGCCUCGGCGCGCGGCCCGAGCUCGUGGGCUGCGCGGCGCGCGCGCGCAUGCUCCUCGGGAAGCCCUGCGUCGCCGCGGCCGCCGUGGUCCCGGGCGACGUCGCCCUGGCGACCCAGCGGCUCCGGACCAUGCGCUUCGUCGGCCUGUUCGAGGACUGGGCGACGUCCGUGUGCCUCUUCCACCGCGCGUUGCGGCUGCCCGCGCCUUCCAAGGCCGAGGUCGCCGACGUGCGCCGCGGGCCCAAGGCGCCCGCGGGCCCGGCGCGGGACCCGCGCGACUGGGCGGACCUCGCGGUCUACGCGGCCGCGGCGCACCGCUUCGCGGCGACGCUGCGAGCGCACGGCGGUUCGGCGACGUGCGUCGCGGCCGCGGACGCGCGCGCGGCGGCGGCGGCCGCCGCGGCGGCGGAGGCCGCGGCGCGGCGCGACGCCGCGGCGGCCUACGUCGCCGUCGACGGCGCCAAGACCGCCGCGAAGCGCGCGGCGCGCGCGGCCGACGGCUUCUGGGGCCGGCUCCCGGCGACGUGGGCGUUCCUCGAGCGCGACGCGGCGCCCUGGGCCGGCGGCUUCGAGCGCGCGGGCGUCGACGCGGCGUUCCACCGCCCGUGGGACCCGCUCCGCCGGGGCCUGCGCGUGACGACGUACCGCGGACGACUCUACGCGGCCUACGCCGAGGACCGCGAGCUGCCGUUCCUCGCGGUCUUCCACGAGCUGCUCCGGCGCUACCCGUCGCUCCCGGACGUCGACCUCGUGGUCAUGCCCAUGGACGUGCCCGGCCCCGCGAGCGCGACGCUGCCGCCGCUCUUCGCGCAGGCGCGGUUCAAACGCUCCGCGCCGGCGGACCGGCAGUGGCUGCUGCCGUCCUUCGACACGUUCCGCCUCGAGGGCGGCGACGUCGACGACGUCGCGCCGGCGGCGGCGCGCGAGCGGUCCGGCGCGUUCUGGCGCGGCACCGUGCGGGGCUUCCGCGGCUACUCCGCGGAGGCCAUGGUCGCGCGGCGCUUCCGGCUCACGAAUCUGAACCACGACCCCUCCGCGGCGAACCCGCACGCGCUCGCGGAGCCCUACGACGCGCGCGUCCAGUUCAGCGGCGGCGUCGGCAACUGGCGCCGCUGGACCGUGACGACGGCCUGCGACGCCGGCGACGACCGCCUCGACGUCGUCGAGCCCGGCGGCGUCGACGUCGUCGACCGCGGCGGCGCCGCCGGCGACGCGACGCGCGCGCGGGGCGCGGGCGUCGACGCGACGGAGGCGCGACGGGCCAUCGAGGCCGCGGCGGCCGCCGGGGCGGGGCCCGCGUCGUUCAAGCUGUUGAACUACGGCUUCGGCGACCACGGGGCCAUCUGCGCGAAAGAGGCGCUCCUCUACCUCGACGGCAUCUCGACGUCGAACGGCCUCAAGUACUACCUCGCCUGCGGCGCGCCCGUGCUCAUGGACCGGGCGUCGCGCUUCGAGGAUUUGAUCACGGCGGCCUGGCCCAUGGUCGCCGGCGGGAACCUGACGGAGGGCGUCGACUACGUCGCCGUCGGCGCCGCGGCCGACGACGUCCGCGCGGACGAGCGAACCCGCGCCGCCGCGGAGAAGCGCUUCUGCGGCGACGUCGCGGCGGCCGUCGACGGCCUCCGGCGAAACCCGGCGGACGCCGCGGCCAUGGGCGCGCGCGGGCGCCGCGCCGCGCUCGCCGUCGGCACCGCGGCCAGGGGCCUCGAGUACCUCGCGGUGUGGAAAUCAAACAGCGAGCUGGGGUACCUCGAGCGCGCGCUCGCGAGCUACGCGCGGCUCCAGAACUUCGACGUCGCCGACGACGUCUCGGCACACGGCGCGCCGCGCUGGCGCGACGCGGCGGGCGACGCGAUGGACGCGACGCCCGCGUCCCUCGCCGACGACGCGGACGCGCGAAACCGCUUCGGCGAGCUCCAGGUCGCGCUCCUCGGCCGCCGGGCCGGCGACGCGGCCGCCGCGCGGCGCCUCUUCGCGCCGGCGCCGCCCAACGGCCACUUCCCGCGCGACGGCGCCUGCGCGGCCUUUGAAAACCCCGCGGACGCGGCCGCCGCGGGCCCGCCGCUCGUCGUCGCGGGCCAGGGCGGCUCGGGCACGCGGUCCGUGGUCUCGCUGCUCCGCGCCGCGGGCGCGCUCGUCAACGGCCGCGACACGAACGACGCCACGAACGACGCCGCGGCCAUGCGCGACGCGGGCAUGGACGACUUCGACCGGCCGGCCGACGGCGUCCUCGACAAGCUCCUCCCGGCCGUCGGGAGCGGCGGCUUCCUCUUCGACCGGGCCGCGUUCCCCGCCGCGUCGCGGCGCCGCGAGCUCGCCGCGCUCUGCGCCUUCUCCCUCAACAUGAGCGCCGUCGCGCGCGAGGCCGCGGCGACGGGCCGGGUCUGGGGCUGGAAGGAGCCGCGCGCGUUCUUCUACCUCAACUCGUGGGGCGUCGCGUUCCCGAAGUUCCGCUUCCUCCACGUCGCGCGCGACGUCCGCACGGUGGGCACGACGCAUCUCGAGGGGUCGCUGGACGCCUGGCGGCUCUACUGGGGCGCCGCGGCGCUCGAGGACCACGCCGCGGCCGCGAGGCGCGCGAUCGCGGGCGACGCGGCCGUCGCGGCCGCGGCCGACGGCGCCGCGGCGCCGUUCUCGUGCCCGCGCCUCUUCCACGACGCCCUCCUCUGGCGCCUGCUCUUCGCGCAAUUCUGGGCCGACGAGCAGCUCGCCGUCGUCGCGGCGGGGGCCCGGCUCGGGCCGGGCCGCUACCGGCUCGCGCGCAUCGAGGACCUGAGCGGCGGCGCCGCGUGCGCGGCGGCGGGCGCGGAGAAGCGGGGCUGCCCGGCCGACAGCGGCGACGCGGGCGCGGCGCACGCCGACGACCUGCUGCGCUGGGUCUUCGGCGACGCGCACGGCGAGCGGACCAUCGGCGACAAGCUGGAGACGUGGCGCGCGACGUUCGGCGGCCACGAGGCGUCGUACCGGCACGCGAAGCCCGUCUGCGACCUGCUCGUCAAGGCGUCCUUCGGCGACCUGACGCGGGGCCACUUCAAGAGCGAGAGGAUGAAGGACGGGUCCCUCCGCGUCCAGAUGCAGGGCGCGCGCAACAAGGUCGCGGCGUUUUUAGACUACGCGGGCGGCCUGCCGGCCAAGGACGCGCACAAGUUGCCCGUGUCGGACCUCAUCUCGUCGGCGCACCUCCGCAAGGACCGGGGGCUCGGGCCGCGCGUCGCCGCCGUCGCCGCCGUCAAGAGCCAGUGCUACGCGGUGUCCGCGGCGGCGAACGCGCUCCAGCGCGCCGCGCCGGGCGUCGGCGCCGCGCUCGCCGCGCUGGGCUACCCGCCGGACGUCGAGCUCCUCCCGUCGGUCUACGACGGGCGCGACGCGGCGGGCCGCAAGCGCAAGCCCGGGCCGGACGAGCAGAUCUACGACGCGAUCAGCCCGACCUGCGGCCUCGGCGUCGCGCAGGGCCGGCGGAAGCCCGGGGGGCGCGCGAAGGGGCCCAAGGGGCGCCGGCGGCGGCGCGCGCCGAACUAA